CAUUAUUGUUCAUAAUCAACAUAUCAAGACAAACAGUGUAUUGUGACUGAUUUAACAUUGCUUUUUCUCUACUGUCUCUACUAUGUCUACCAUGAAUUCCAGAUCACUACUUCGUUUUUGUUCCAUUCUAAUUUUUGUUAUACUUGCUGUUAACUCUGUUCCCCUGAGUUCAGAAUAUGAUUUAAGGGAAAAGAGAGAAGCUGUUCCGUCCGUUAAAGCCGUUAACGUAGAUUUGGAAGAUGGUUUGAGAAAGAAACGUGAAGCUGUACCGUCUGUCAAAGCCGUCAACGUCGACUUAGAAGAUGGUUUGAGAAAGAAACGUGAAGCUGUACCGUCAGUCAAAGCCGUCAAUGUAGACUUAGAGGAUGGUUUGAGAAAGAAACGUGAAGCUGUACCGUCUGUCAAAGCCGUCAACGUCGACUUAGAAGAUGGUUUGAGAAAGAAACGUGAAGCUGUACCGUCAGUCAAAGCCGUCAAUGUAGACUUAGAAGAUGGUUUGAGAAAGAAACGUGAAGCUGUACCGUCUGUCAAAGCCGUCAACGUCGACUUAGAAGAUGGUUUGAGAAAGAAACGUGAAGCUGUACCGUCAGUCAAAGCCGUCAAUGUAGACUUAGAAGAUGGUUUGAGAAAGAAACGUGAAGCUGUACCAUCUGUCAAAGCCGUCAACGUCGACUUAGAAGAUGGUUUGAGAAAGAAACGUGAAGCUGUACCGUCAGUCAAAGCCGUCAAUGUAGACUUAGAAGAUGGUUUGAGAAAGAAACGUGAAGCUGUACCGUCAGUCAAAGCCAUCAACGUCGAUUUAGAAGAUGGUUUGAGAAAGAAACGUGAAGCUGUACCAUCUGUCAAAGCCGUCAACGUCGAUUUAGAAGAUGGUUUGAGAAAGAAACGUGAAGCUGUACCGUCUGUCAAAGCCGUCAACGUCGAUUUAGAAGAUGGUUUGAGAAAGAAACGUGAAGCUGUACCGUCAGUCAAAGCCGUCAACGUUGAUUUAGAAGAUGGUUUGAGAAAGAAACGUGAAGCUGUACCGUCAGUCAAAGCCGUCAACGUUGAUUUAGAAGAUGGUUUGAGAAAGAAACGUGAAGCUGUACCGUCAGUCAAAGCCGUCAACGUCGAUUUAGAAGAUGGUUUGAGAAAGAAACGUGAAGCUGUACCGUCAGUCAAAGCCGUCAAUGUCGAUUUAGAAGAUGGUUUGAGAAAGAAACGUGAAGCUGUACCGUCAGUCAAAGCCGUUAAUGUCGAUUUAGAAGAUGGUUUGUGAAAAAAGCGUGAAGCCGAAAUAUUUUAAUCGUCUAGUGCGGAAUGUGAACAAAUGAGCGUACAUGAAGCUUUGUAAUACAGACAUGAUUAUGUAUAUAAAUGUACGUAUACGUUUCAAUACUUGUGGUCUCGUUUAUUUUAUUUAUUCAUUACGACAGCAUGCGUUUGUUUUCGUAAUAUAUUGUCUUCAUUUUGAUUUGUUGAUUGUCUUUGUUUUGUAAAAGAUUGCUUGUUAUAUAAAAAUUAUAUUCUUUG